AUGGCAGGCUGGGGAGUUUUCUUCGUGUCUCUCCUCAACUACAAGACGGAGAAAUAUGUCAUCGCUGAAAACAGGAAAAUCGGGAUAUUGUUCAGACUCUACCAGCUGGCUGUGCUGGGAUACAUAAUCGGGUGGGUGUUUGUGGUGCGGAAAGGAUACCAGGAGAGAGAAGAGGCCAUCCAGACCUCCGUCAUCACCAAGCUUAAAGGUGUUACGCUGACCAACAGCUCUGAGACGGGGCUUCACCUGUGGAGUUCUGAGGAUUAUGUCAUACCCCCAAGUGGUGAGCAGGUGUUCUUCAUAGUAACAAAUUACAUCGAGACCCCCAAUCAGAGGCUGGAGUUCUGCGCCGAGAGUUUCAAGGUGCAAGACGGACGAUGUCAAAGUGAUGAUGACUGCGUCGAGGGCGAGGCUGUAAUAGCUGGCCAUGGAAUAAAGACCGGCUUGUGUCUAAACAGCACUGGGACCUGUGAGAUUCACGCCUGGUGUCCUGUUGAACACAGCAAGAGACCCACAGAGCCCUUACUGAGUCAAGCAGAAAACUUCACCGUCUACAUCAAGAACUUCAUCAGGUUCCCAAAGUUUGAAUUCUCCAAGUCCAACGUCCUUGAAACGUCUGACGACAGCUACCUGAAAAGAUGCUCCUUCGACAGACAGGACCACCUGUACUGCCCCAUCUUCCGCCUCGGGGAUCUGGUCAGCUGGACUGGACAUGACUUCCAGGACUUGGCUGCUAAGGGUGGCUCUGUUGGUAUUCUUAUUGAGUGGGACUGUGACCUGGAUAAGGACUCUUCGCAGUGUAAUCCAGACUAUAGCUUUACCCGUUUAGACAUGGACGUGAAUAACUCUGUCACAUCAGGAUACAACUUCAGGUAUGCCAGAUAUUUCAAGGAUCAAAAUGGCGAAACCUUUCGCACUUUAUAUAAAGUGUAUGGGAUUCGCUUCGAUAUAAUGAUCAAUGGCCAGGCUGGGAGAUUCAAUAUUGUUCCCACAAUCAUUGCCAUUGGUUCAGGUCUUGCCCUGCUGGGUGUAGGAGCCUUUGUAUGUGAUAUGAUACUCCUGUACAUGAUGAACACGAGCUCCUUCUACCGAGAGAGGAAGUUUGAAAUCAUCAACUUCAAGAAAGACAAGACCAAACCGAAGGAUGGGAAGACGGGACACCGGGAAAAGAGAUCCAGGAAACCAGCUGCAGAGAAAGAGGGCGCCAACUCCACUAACAAGGCGGAGGAGACUGAAGCCACUGCAGAGAGCCAGCUGCCUGUGGACAAACGGGGUCCCACCAUUCCACGCAACACAGGACAGCGAUACUCUGCCAUUAUCUCUCCCCAAGCUGCAGAGCCAAAGCCUCACAUCACCUUCUCUUCACACAAUUAAGUUUGCGGGCAGAGCAACACAAAUCACCUGCAGUGGUCUGCAAGAGGUGGAACCAAAAGUUGGACUGAUGUCCACUUCUCACCUACUGGCGUGACCGCUGGCAUGCCACUAGUUUGAGUGAUGCUUGUCCUGACUAAAGAUAUGUUGGUGCAGAGAAAUGUUUAUGUUCUGCAUUGUGCACGUGGGCCAGGAAGCUGAUGUAGAAAUACACAGAAAGGUGGUUUUCAGUGGCUGGGUCAGGGUCCAAAGCUGGGAUGUGGGAGAUUACAACAGGUCCAUCAAUAACGAUAUGCAAAAGUACUGUGGUAAUGCAAUUAGCAGGGUAAAAUCAUUCGUCCAAGACUUUAAGUGAAUUGCCAAAUAUCUGUCAAUUACAAAUGCAAAUAAUUAAUUGUGUCUUUGUUUCAUGUCAUAAAAUCAGUACUUAAAAGCUUUUUUGGCUGUUGAUCAGACUAAUUAAGCAUCAUUUCCAGUUUGAAUAAUAUAUAUGAUGGGCCUUAGUUUUAUUUUUGCCAUUUACGGACUAAGUUAUAAAAAUCACAGCAAAAAUACUAGACGUGAUAGAUUCAUGAACCUCAAAUGUAGGAUUGGAUUAAGUAAAAUAGACGCUGUAGACUAAUAAAGAGUAAAAUGAUUUCUGCUAAAUCACUUAGCAAAAUACCUUCUAAAUUAUUUUGUAAGCAUGGAUUUUAAGAAAAAAUGUUGUAAAAAAAACUGCACUUGGAAGCAAUAUGUAAGAAAAUGUGAACGGUCUUAAUUGUUGGUAUUUCAGUCGGAUGCAUCACGUACGUGUGUUGUGACAGCAAUUUGAGUGUACUGUUAAACACUGCUGAUGUGUUUCCUGCUGUAUGUUGACGUUGAUUAUCGGCCAUGCAAUGGCUACAACACAAUCUUAUUCACGAUAUAAUUCACUUGUGAAGCUGUGGAAUGCGGCCGUGAUGUGCUACGAGUCUACUCUGAGUGGACAAGUUAUGUACUGGCUGAUUGUUAAUGAAUGGUGCAAGACAUCGAA